UUUUUUGAGUGAUUUAUACAAACGGAUUCGCAGCAUAUCUUCUUUUGAACCGGAUUCAUACGAAUAAUAACAUCCAAUCAUAUUUCACGAUACAAACACUGCUUGGAAACUAAAAAAUGGAGGACUGGAUGACAUAAACAAUCACAAGAUGUAGAACAAACAGAAGCAAUUUUACACUGAUUAUGUAAAAUAUUUCAACAUGUCAGCUCUAAAAGUUGUGCGAGUGGAGGAUAUUGAGAGAUCAAAUACAGAAGAUUUUCCUAUAAGUACUCCACGGGAAAACACCACCCAAAAUGCAGAAUAUAUUAACACAACUGAAUUAGAUCAUGGACUCGCAGAGAAUGAAGCAGAGGAAAGCCAAGAUAAAGUUUACCCUUUGCCUCAAAAUUGGCCCAAAAUUCCUCAGGUCUUUAGACGAAAAAGUUGUGAAUUAACAAAGAACACCUCACCAUGUGUAAAUAAAGCAGUCUCUCACUUAGAGCUGAUACAGGGCAUAAUUGAAGAAUGGUUCAAAGAAAGGGAAGAGGAAUGCAAAGAACAAGCUGUAGCAUUAAGACAAGUUGGCAGCAAGAAACAGCUAAGGUUUUCAAGGUCCAUGGAUGAUGAAGAGAGAAAAGGAAGUGGAGAAAAAAGGAACUCUAGUGCCCACUCUAGGAAAUCUGCUUCAACAUUAUCCAGUCACCCAGCUACUCCUUUGUCUAUUAAUGGAGUAGGGGCUGUUCAGGAUACCGAACAACAAGGGGGCCUUGAUAUUCCUUACUUAGGUGCUGAAGAUGUUAUUGAGGAGGUUAUAACACUGCUGGCCCGGCUUGAAAAUGAUAGAAUAGAAACGGAGAAAGGUCUGAAAAAUGAGAAGGACAGAGUGGUGCGCCUUAACAACAAAAUAGACAAUCUCUGUUUGCGCAGAAUGACUGAACUUCCUGCCAUAGUUCAAAGGGAACAUGAGGCUUGUAUUAUGGAUUUGAACGAGCUUUCCUGGCAUUGUAACUAUGGAGGCAGAAAUUUACAGAGAGUGCAGAACAAAACCAGUGCUGCAGAGCUGCUUAACAAACGUCUGAAAGAUGACAUUGAAUUUGUGAAAAAGCACAUACCCCUGGUGGAAGAGAAGUUAGAACUGGAAAAGCUUGCCAUGGAAAAAAUUAAAAAUGCACAAAAUUCAACAACAACAGAAUUGGAUAAUACUAAAGAAAGACAAGAGAAGACAAAAGCCAAGUCAUCAGAGGCAGAAAAGAAAGCUCAGACAGAGAGGGGACAUAUCAAGAAAGAGUUGGACACAGUCAGAGAUGCUCUCACUGCUAUUAGUGAGGAGUACUCCCAGGCCAAGAUGACUUACAAUGCCUACAUUCAUCAGGUGAAUGAUAUGAAGCAACAGCUGAAGGACAAUGAUGAGGAACUCAAGGUUCUGGAUGUCAAGAACGAGAAUGCCAAAGUGGCCGAAGAAAUGCAGGCUGCCAAAGUAAGAGACAUCCAGACAAAAAUAGCAGAGGCUGAAUUUGAACACAACAGGCUUGAAAAUGAGAACAUUCAGCUGCAACAAGAACUUGUUGCAAAGAAACAGAAAAAUGAUAGUAGAAUCCGUGAUCUUGAAAACAAAGUGAAGGCUAAAGAUGGAAAGUUGAGAGCAAUCUUACUCAAGAAUCAAGAGGCCGAAAUGGAAGUCCAGGACUUUUAUGAUAAAAUAACUGAUUGUCAAAGACAGAAGGUUGCUGAUGAGAAGAAUAUUGCUCGUAUCCAAAAGGAGAUGGUGAAAUUAGGUCAGCAAAUGGCCGUUACUAUGGAGGAAUACAACAAAGUGUUGGCCAUUAACCAGUCCAUUCGAGAACAGCUACAAAAUGAGGAGGAAAAGGCAUUCAAAAUGGAAGAGAGUCUCAAGGGUACUGCAGACACGUUGAGGAGGCAAGUGAAGGACGAGGUACACACAAGGACUGUACUAGUGGCCAGGAUUUCUAAUGACACCACAGAUCUCUCCAAAUACAAGACCGACACCCAGGUCAAAAAUCAGAAGGCCAAGAAAGUCGCUGAUGAUGUUGUCAAUGUGGUCAAUGAAGUGAAGACAAAGGUAGAGAAGCUGAGAUCUGCCAAGCGAGACAGAUUGCAGAAAAAAGUCACCCUGCAAGAGCAGCUGAAAGAGACAGAAAAACAGGAGGAGGAAUCAAAGCAGAGAUUUAAGGAGAAACUAGACUCUAUUGAACCUCAUCACAAACACCUCAAAGAUAAUGUUUUAGCCCUGAACAAACGUCUGGAUCACAUGGAGUGGAAGACGGAACAGAUGGAGAGACAGAUGGGUGACUGGGACAGAGAGCAGGGUACGAUGGAUAAGCUGACCAAUAAUACCCAGAAGGCCAUUGAUGAACUGACAGAGGUUCUGGAGGAGCUGACUCUUCAGUUAGAGGCGUCACAGAAAAUAGAGGAGGGGCUGAGGGGAACCUACAACCAAUCACAGGAUCGAUUCAAGAUCAAUGAACAGAAUCAUCGGAAAUUCAAAGAUGACAGAUCUAAAUUUUUUAGACAAACAGAGGCUGAAAUAGAGAGCAAAUUGGCAGUUAAUAAAGAACUUGCUUCCAAGUACAGACAAGCCCAGAAUGAUUAUCUGAACCUAAAGGAUAAACUUCUCAACAAUUUUGACAACAGGGUCAAUCAGGAGGCAGCAAUCAAAGACUGCAGACAGUUACAAUCCUUGCAAAAGAGAAUGCAUGGGGCAAUGUUGGAGUAUUUCAAAUACAGAGGCCUGUACAACCAAUCAGAGCUUGGCAGGAUGGAGAAUGAAUCCCUGUCUAAUACAGACAAAGUGGUAGAGCUGCAGGAUGAAAUGAAUGUUGCUUUGAAGAAAAUAACAGAGUUCCUAGAGAACCAAAUGGAUGGGCAGACUGCUCGUAAAAUUGCCUGGGAUACCAUUAAGAAACAGAAUCAGCAGAAACAGGCGCGUAGCCCCCUACCUGUGAUACCUCCAAUAAGACAGGGAUCCAUGGUCCAGGUGUAGAGGAGUAAUUCUCAGCCACUGCCAAUUCUAAAAGUUCUCUUGAUGAAAUCUUUUACAUUUGUGUUUAAUGUCUGUGAUAUUUUGUAAGGCAGUGAGACUAGAUUUGGAAAAAUAUGUCUCAUAUAGUAUUAUAUACAUAUAUGAAUCUUAUAUGAAUGCAUUUAUGAACUAUAUGUCAAUAAAAGAGUUUUAAGAGAUGUAUAAAAAAGAAUGUACAUGUAGUAUUAUCAGAUCUGUGGACUAAGUCCCUAUUUAUAUAUGUAAGGCUGCAUUAAAUCUCACAAGAGAAAAAAA